CUUCAAAUUUUAUUUGCAUUGUUAUUAAUUAUCUAUAGAGGCGGCACAUUACGUCUUUACACGCGACCUGUCGACACUCUAAGAUCGGCUCUGUAUACAAUCAUAGUGUAAAUUUUUUAACAUUCCCGAUUUAUAUGUAGGACGUAAAACAAUUUUUCUAUAGCUGGUAGAGAGAAAUAAAAAAUAGAAGCUUUUAUUAAUUAAUUAUGUGUGUGAUUUGCUGUCCCACUACAAAAUAACAUGAUUACCACCUCAUGCAACAAUGGUUCAUAAAUGUCGGUAGAAUCAGCUGUACCCAAGCAGAAACUUUAGUUGCGAAUUGUCGUUCAAAUAUACGGUUAGUAUUAUUUAUUAACCAUUAUUUAUUUAAGACGUUUUAAAAAAAAGUAUCGUGAUAGCCCAAAUUUGUGGUGAAAAACUAUAUAAACUAAAUUUCAGUGAUUUUUUGUGGCUAAAUGCAAUCGAAUGGGAAAGAAAAAUCAAUGAAAAAUGAAAACACUGAUCGAUUUACUCAGCGGAAUAAUGACACGGCUUACGAUAAUCCCAGUUUUACUGGAUCUGCCGUCACUAUUUCAAUGGCUGGAGAUAAAAACAGUAGCAACCAUUUUUUAGUAUUACAUGAAGACUCUCACAAGUCUUCCUUUAUUUAUACACUUAAACAAAUUUUGCCUUGGACGAAGAACAGGAUUAGGAAAGGAUGUACGAAGAAAAUGCUUUAUCGAAGGUUGCCAAUUCUAAACUGGUUACCAAAUUAUAAUCUAUCCUGGGCAGCAGGUGACCUCAUUGCGGGUAUUACAGUGGGUCUUACAUUAAUACCUCAGGGAUUGGCAUACUACAGUAUUAUAGGUUUACCUCCAGAAUAUGGAUUAUACAGUUCCUUUUUAGGUUCUUUUAUUUAUACAGCAUUUGGAAGUUGCAAAGAUGUACCGUUCGGUCCUUCAGCUCUAAACGCUUUACUGGCUGCUGAAGCCAUCAAAGGCAGAGGACCCGAACACGCAAUAUUACUCUCUUUUUUAAGCGGACUCAUUCAGAUAUUCAUGGGCUUGUUCGGAUUAGGUUUUAUAAUUGACUUUGUGUCUGGACCAGUAUCAUCCGGAUUUACCUCAGCAGUAGCUUUAAUCAUUGUCACCUCCCAAGUGAAAGAUAUUCUAGGUAUAAAAACGAAAGGCGGUAGCUUUCUGCAAAGUUGGAUGAGCAUUAUAAAUGAAAUACCUAAUACGCGUACAUGGGAUGCUGUCAUGGGUAUUUCUUGUAUUGUUUUACUAUUAAUUAUGAAGACAAUUGGUUCUCAAAAACUUGGAACAGAAGAUGAAAAACCGUCAGUUUUAAAAAAAGUAUUCAAUAAUUUAACAUGGGUGAUAGGCACAGGUCGCAAUGCAAUAUUGGUUAUAAUUUGUGGAUUUAUAGGAUACGUCUAUUGUAGCAGAGGUGAACCUCCAUUUCUGGUUAUUGGAACUGUCCCUCAAGGCUUACCUGCAUUCAAAGCUCCACCUUUUGGUUUUACGUCAGAAAAGAAUGGCACCUUAGUUCAAGUUUCUUUUUUUGAAAUGGUGUACAAUUUGGGUAGUGGUAUCAUCAUUGUUCCAAUGGUUGGUAUUUUGGAAAAUAUUGCAAUUUGCAAAGCUUUUGCCAAUGGACAACCUGUAGACGCUACGCAAGAAUUAAUAGCUAUUGGUCUCUGUAAUGUCGGAAACAGUUUUGUUCAAGGAUAUCCGGGUACGGGAGCACUUGGGAGAAGUGCUGUAAAUAACGCAAGUGGGGUCAAGACUACUUUCGGAGGAAUAUAUACAGGACUUCUUGUAAUAGGAGCAUUGCUGUUUUUCACUCCCUAUUUCUACUAUAUUCCCAACGCCGUCCUGGGAGCAGUAAUAAUUGCUGCUACUGUUUUCAUGGUAGAACUUAAAGUUGUAAAGCCAAUGUGGAGAUCAAAAAAAAGCUGUUUCAUUAUCUUCAUAGUGACUCUAAUUGCAUGUCUGGUGUUACAUCUAGAGGUAGGAAUUUUAGUAGGAAUUGGAAUAAAUAUUUUACUAAUAUUAUAUCACGCUGCCAGACCAAAAAUUAAAGUGGAACAAUUAAAAACCACAGGUGGAAUCGAUUACCUUCUACUAACUCCAGAUAGGUGCCUUAUUUUCCCGUCAGUCGAUUAUGUAAGAAACAUCGUCACCAAAUACAGUAUUCGUCAAGAAGUCCCAGUUGUUAUAGACUGUUCACACAUUUACGGCGCCGAUUUUACUGCAGCUACCGUUAUAGAAACUCUAAUUCAAAAUUUCUCGUCGCGGGAUCAAGUACUCUUUUUUUAUAAUUUAAAACCUUCGGUUUGUACAGUUUUUGAAGGUUUGUCGCCCAAAGGAUUUGUAGUUUAUUACAAUGAUAAUGAUCUAGAUGAGCUGCUAAACAAAUAUGUCAAAGGGGAAAAUGUCAAAAUGAAAACAAUUGAAGUUUUUAAAUGUUGAUUUUUUGUUUGUGAUUAAUAAAUUAUUGAAAACA